AUCUCAGUGGUUGAAAUUCAAGAUAAUUAAGAAAUGAGUAGAUAUUUUAAACAUUUUACAAUUGGCAUCAUCGCUAUUUUGGUUGUAUGCCUAAUAUUCAGACAUUACGUGUUCGACGCCGGAUAAAACACCCCGAUCAGCGCAUAGAAAGCGACCAUUACACAAUGACAGCAAUAUAGCUUUGGUACUAGAAGCAGCAUUACAGAUAACAGAUCGACCUGUCAUGAUAACAAUAGUAAAUGAUGGAUACGUCAACUUAGUCAAAAGCUGGAUAUGCAAUACGAAACACAUGGGAUUUCAUAAGCAGAUCAUAACAAUAGUGACAAGUCCUCAAGUUACUGAUGAGAUAAAGAAACUAUCACCAGAUGUCACUGUUGUUGCUUUGGAAGUGGAUCAAUCUAUGAAUGGACACCAAAAAUAUAGCCAUGUUGGAUAUCUCAAAAUCAUGGUACUCAGAACUCAGAUACAAUUCGCCUUACUUCAGAAUGAUAUUGAAGUAUAUUCUUUUGAAUGUGACUCCGUAUUUUUGGCAAACCCGUUGCCUAAGCUCAGAGCACAUUCUGGUGAGCAUGAUAUUGUGUUUAUCAGUAACUACCAGCAACCAAAGACAAUCAAUGGUGGAUUCCUGUACCUUUUCCCAACCCCGGCAACAAAGGCAACAUUUGAACAGCUGAACAGAAUGAUGCUUAAACUAUUUUCAAAAAUUAGGAAUCAACCAUCAGAUAAAUUUAUACCAACGUAUGAAAAUGAUCAGGUUUAUCUGUCGACUCUAGUUACAGAGAAAUAUGCAGGUCUUAAAUCUACGAUUUUGCCCUUUUCCAUAUUUUCAGACGGGAAAUGGUACGACAUUUCUGAGGAGGAAAGAAAACUGACUUAUCCAUUUUUAAUACAUAAUAACUGGAUAGUGGGUAAUAAAGCGAAGGAAGGAAGGGCUAAAAAGUGGAAACAUUGGUUUUUAAAAGAUGAUGGUUCGUGCGAUUUCAAUUGGGUAAAGGAAGUUACUAAAAAAAUAAUUUACUAGAUUUUAUCAGUUUUUUUCA